GAAGGAGGCGCGUGUGCGAGUAACGGCGGCGGAGCAAGCUGGACGUCGAGAUGGACACCCUCUUCCUGAAGGGCGCUGGACGGCUUCCUGCUGGUGCUCUCCACGGACGGCGACGUCGUCUACACGUCCGAGAACAUCGUCAUUUUCCUGGGCCUCUCGCAGGUGGACGUGAUGGGCCAGUCCCUCUACGAGUACACCCACCCCUGCGACCACGAGGAGGUGCGCGAUCUGGUGUCCGCCAAGGGCCCGCAGGAACCCCGCCACGCCUUCCUGAGGCUCAAGUGCACGCUCACGGCCAAGGGGCGCAGCGUCAACCUCAAGAGCGCUUCUUAUAAGGUGGUGCAGGUGAGCGGCGAGGUGGUGCAGCACGAGGAGGACCAGGCGUGGCUGGUGGCGCUGGGGACGCCCGUGCCUCACCCGUCCAACAUCGAGUUCCCGCUGGACAAGCAGACCUUCGUCAGCAAACACUCCCUGGACAUGAAGUUUACUUACGUGGAUGACAAGUAAGUGUGCCGU